GGUUUUGGGCCCAGGUGUGGGACGUGACCACGCAGGAUCUCUGCUCCGACGGCGCCUCCCUGGACGGGUUCCGGGGUUUGGUUUUCGUCGGCGGCUUCAGCUACGGCGACGUGCUGGGCUCGGCCAAAGGCUGGGCGGCCUCGCUGCUGUUCCAGGCCGGGCCCCGGGAGCGGCUGCGGCGCUUCCGGCAGCGCCCGGACACCUUCAGCCUGGGCGUGUGCAACGGCUGCCAGCUGAUGGCGCUGCUGGGCUGGGUGGGGACAGCACCCGGUGACGUCCCCGGCGCGGCGCCGCGGGUGGCGCUGGAGCGGAACGCGUCCGGGCGCUUCGAGUCGCGCUUCGUCUGCGUCCGCGUGGAGCCGGGCCCGGCGCUGCUGCUGCGCGGCAUGGAGGGCGCGCGCCUGGGCGUCUGGGUGGCGCACGGCGAGGGCCGUUUCGAGUUCCGGCCGCCGUCGGCGCGCGAGCGCUGCGUGCGGGCCGGGCUGGCGCCGCUGCGCUACGCCGACGACGGCGGCGCGCCCACCGAGCGGUACCCGCUGAACCCCAGCGGCUCGGGCGGCGGCGUGGCCGCGCUCUGCUCGCCCUGCGGCCGCCACCUGGCCGCCAUGCCGCACCCCGAGCGCGCCGUGCGCGCCUGGCAGAGCCCCUGGGCCGGCCGCGGCGCCGCGGGCAGCGCCGGCCACGGGCCGUGGCUGCGCAUGUUCCGCAACGCCCGCCAGUGGUGCCUGCGCUGGCCCCACGGCGAGGACGGGGCGACGGCGGCCGCCGAGUGACCGCGAGGGACCGCGAGGGACCGCGAGGGACCGCGAGGGACCGAGUGACCGAGUGACCGAGUGACCACACCAUGGACACCCUGUCUGUGAUACUGACCAAUGAGUGACCGAGUGACCACACCAUGGACACCCUGUCUGUGAUACUGACCAAUGAGUGACCAACUGACCACCUGGCUGACCACGCCUUGGACCCCCCCUCUGUCACACUGACCAAUGAGUGACCGACUGACCAUGCAGCUGACCUCCCCUUGGACACCCUGUCUGUGACACUGACCAAUGAGUGACCAACUGACCACCCCAUGGACACCCUGUCUGUGACACUGACCAAUGAGUGACCAACUGACCGCCUAGCUGACCACGCCUUGGACACCCCAUCUGUGAUACUGACCAAUGAGUGACCGAUUGACCACCUGGCUGACCACACCUUGGACCCCCCCUCUGUCACACUGACCAAUGAGUGACCGAUUGACCACCUGGCUGACCACCCCAUGGACACCCCCUCUGUCACACUGACCAAUGAGUGACCAACUGACCACCCCAUGGACAUCCCAUCAGUGACACUGACCAAUGAGUGACCAACUGACCACCCCAUGGACAUCCCAUCAGUGACACUGACCAAUGAGUGACCAACUGACCACCCCAUGGACACCCUGUCUGUGACACUGACCAAUGAGUGACCGACUGACCACCCCAUGGACACCCUGUCUGUGACACCGACCAAUGAGUGACCAACUGACCACCCCAUGGACACCCCGUCUGUGACACUGACCAAUGAGUGACCACUGAGUGACCAGGAGUGACCACGAGUGACCGACGGACCGCCUGGCUGACCACGCCUUGGACACCCCGUCUGUGACACUGACCAAUGAGUGACCAACUGACCAUGCAGCUGACCACGCCUUGGACACCCUGUCUGUGACACUGACCAAUGAGUGACCGCUGAGUGACCACUGAGUGACCAUUGAGGGACCCCUUGACACCCCAGGGACCAACUGUCCCCUGAGAGACCAAGUGACCCCUGAGUGACCAACUGACCCGAGUGACCAACUGACACCUGAGUGACCAACUGACCCGAGUGACCAACUGACCACCAAGUGACCAACUGACCCGAGUGACCAGCUGACCCCUGAGUGACCAACUGACCCCUGAUUGACCCCUGGAUGACCCCGGAGUGACCAACUGAUCCCUGAUUGACCCCUGAGUGACCCCUGGGUGACCCCUGACUGACCAACUGACCCCUGAUUGACCCCUGGAUGACCCCGGAGUGACCAAGUGACCCCUGAGUGACCCCUGGAUGACCCCUGAGUGACCAACUGACCACCAAGUGACCAACUGACCACCAAGUGACCGACACCUGAGAGACCAAGUGACCCCUGAGUGACCCCUGAGUGACCAACUGACCCCUGAGUGACCCCUGGGUGACCCCAGAGUGACCAACUGACCCCUGAGUGACCCCGGGGCAGGGGGCGGGGCCUGGCUGACGAAUAAAGUGCCCUUAAUUAACGAU